AUAUUCCCACCUGCAUUUUUCAAUUCAAUGGAGCAUUUACCUGUUCAUUUGCCACAUGAAGUAAAAGUGGGUAGUCUUGUGCAAUAUAGAUGGAUGUAUCCAUUUGAGAGAUUUCUUAAUCAUCUGAAGAAGAAAAUUGGUAAUAAGGCACGAGUUGAAGGCUCAAUUUGCAAGGCUUAUCUUGCAGAAGAGAUUUCCAACUUGGGUUCUUAUUACUUUCAACCUCAUGUUGAUACGAAAUCUAGAGAUCUAGGACGCAAUGUUGUUGUUGAUGAUGAUCUAGAUUCAACUAUACCAGAAUUAUUCCAAUUUAGCAAAGGUCGUGGCAAAGGUGUCCAAACAAGGUUUUUAGAUUCGAAAGAAGUCAAGCAUGCACACCACUAUGUUCUUUCUAAUUGUGGUGUGUUAGGAGAAUAUGAAAGUUCUUUGGAAAUGAAAUCCUUCAUGAAAAAUUCAAAAAUUGGUCGGGGAGGUAAUCAAGGCGGUGUCCGAGCCAAUAAUCAAUCGGUUGUUCAAGACAAUCUUGUGGUCACACGACCCACACCACCACCUUCUAAUGAACGGGUACAAGUAAAUUCUAAUAUUGAUGUUACUGUUGAGAAUGAUGUGGCACCACAAAAUUUGAAUGGAGUGGAACAAGGAAAGAUUGAGCUCUCACCAGAUGGGCUAUGGUUUGAUGACCAUACCGUUAGUGGAAAUGUCACAAAAUCUUGGAAGGCACACUACAACCACCCAUACAUGAAUUUUACUGAGGUUCCACUUAUGGUUAGGGAUCGUUGGUUCACUAAGUUUAAGCGUACAUAUACUUGGAGACCUGAGUUCGAUGCUAAGGCUGGGAGAGAAUUUGACAAAAAAGCUGGGGACCGACUUAGGGGUACAUUGAACCAAGUUUUCAAAAUAGCUCUCCAUAAGCAAGUUAGUUUCAUGAUAGACACUGUUCGAGCUGAAUUCAUAAAUAAGCGUAAGCAUCCUGAUUUUGUGAAACGUUCUAACCAAGAAAGAGAUAAUCGGUUAUCUGGUCAAACUUCUCCCCUGGCCAUCGCCAAGGUAGCGUAUCUACUCCUCAAGUGGUUAAAAAAAUGGCAAAGAAAAAGGAUGGAAUCUUACCAACUGCUGCUGAAGUCUAUGAGAGCACUCAUUCUGUUUUUGUGGGCAAUGAUGAAGUUGAAUUGAUGGGUGACAAGUCUCAAAAAGUCAUGGGAGAAUAUAUGGAAAAACUUGAGGAAUAUAAGAACAAAGGAAUUGAGAUAAACCUCGACAAAGUCUACUUGGAGGUUGUAGGUGGGCAAAAGAAAGGAAAAGUCUACGGUUUAGGGAGUGCUUCACAUAUGUAUUACAAGAGUGAUCCUACUUCUCAAUCUACUGCAUCAUCUUCCACUCCUUCCAUGAUUUCUCAAUUAAGUUCUCAAGUUGAAGAACUAAAGAAGAUGGCGGAAGAAAACCAUAACGAGGUAGAAGAAAGCCAAAAAAAUAGCGGCAGAGAGCUUAAAAUGUGCUAAGGAGUUCAUCGAAAAUCAUGAGAUCGAAAAAGCUACAUGGAAGAAGGAAAAAUUAGCUAUGCAAAAAACAUUGCAGGAAAUGGCAUCACUUGUAAAACAAGUUUACCGUCCUUAUAAGCCUCCUACGCCUUCAGUCACCCGCUCUCGUGAUACAACUAAGUGAUUUUUAUUUUCUUGGUGGUAAUUUUAUGAACAACUGGUCUUUUACAUUCUCAUUAAUUCUUGUUUGAAGUAGCUUUUUUUUAUAUGGGAGGUGACUUUUGGAACAAUUAGUCAUAUGAGUUAAAUAUUAUUUUUUAAUACAUUGAUACAAAAUUGAUUGAUAUUUUGGAUAUUUGAAUAAAAUUAACAUUUUGGUUAUUUGAAUUUA